UACACAAUUUGGCUGAAAGGAACAAAUAUAUAAACUAUAGUCAUGGUAUUAAAUCUUCUUCUUCUCCCAAGAAUCGUUGUGAUUCUUAGUUGUGUGGCUAUAAUUGAAGCUACAAUAUUGUUAACCAAUGAUGAUAUUAACAAUUCCCUCAAUCGUAGUAGUUUCCCAGAAGGUUUUAUUUUUGGAACAGCUUCAUCAGCUUACCAGUAUGAAGGUGCAGCAAAUAUUGGUGGAAAAGGACCAAGUAUAUGGGAUACUUUCACGCAUAAUUAUCCAGGUAAAAUAAAGGACAGAAGUAAUGGAGAUAUAGCCCUUGAUGAAUACCAUCGUUAUAAGGAAGAUGUUGAGCUCGUGAAAGACAUCAACAUGGAUGCUUAUAGAUUUUCCAUCUCUUGGUCCAGAAUACUUCCAAAAGGAAAGCUUAGUGGAGGUGUAAAUAGGGAAGGAAUUAAGUAUUACAAUAACCUCAUCAGUGAGUUGCUGGCCAAAGGUCUUCAACCCUUUGUGACCCUUUUUCAUUGGGACCUUCCUCAAACACUUGAAGAUGAAUAUAGUGGCUUUUUAAGUCCAAAUAUAGUGAAAGAUUUUCGAGACUAUGCGGAGCUUUGCUUUAAAGAAUUCGGGGACAGAGUAAAACAUUGGAUCACACUGAAUGAACCAUGGGCCUUUGCCAAACAUGCUUAUGCUGAGGGAAGUUUCGCACCUGGACGAUGUUCACCCUGGCAAAACUUGAAUUGCACCGGUGGAGAUUCCGCCACUGAACCCUAUAUAGUGUCUCAUAAUCAAAUACUUGCUCAUGCAUCUGCUGUCAAUGCCUACAAAACUAAGUAUCAGAAAUUUCAAAAGGGAAAGAUAGGGAUAACAUUAGUGUGUCACUGGAUGGUGCCACUAUAUGAUACAAAACUGGAUCAUCAUGCUUCACAAAGAGCCAUUGAUUUCAUGUUUGGAUGGUAUAUGGAUCCAUUGACAAUUGGAGACUAUCCAAGCUCCAUGAGGUCCUUAGUAGGGAGUCGAUUACCAAAGUUCUCAACAUAUCAAGCAAAGCUCGUUAAAGGAUCCUUUGAUUUUAUUGGAUUAAACUAUUACACUUCCCAUUAUGCAACUAAUGCACCUGAAUUAAGUGAAGUCAUUAAGCCCAGCUACAACACAGAUGCACUUGUUAGUUUUACAAGCCAGCGCAAUGGAAUACCUAUUGGCCCAAAGGCUGCUUCAGCAUGGUUAUCAAUUUAUCCAAAGGGUAUUCACGACUUGUUGCUCUAUAUUAAAACAAAGUACAACAAUCCAUUGAUCUACAUCACUGAAAAUGGUAUGGAUGACUUUAAUGAUCCAACACUUCCUCUUGAGAAAGCCCUUGAAGAUACACAAAGGAUUGAUUACUAUUAUGACCAUCUCUACUAUCUUCAAACUGCAAUAAAGGAUGGUGUGAAUGUAAAAGGGUAUUUUGCAUGGUCAUUGCUUGAUAACUUUGAAUGGGGUUUAGGCUACACUUCGAGGUUUGGAAUAUACUUCAUAGAUUACAAUGAUGGCCUCAAAAGAUAUCCAAAAAUGUCAGCUGUAUGGUUCAAGAAUUUUCUACAACAUAAAAUAGUUGCAUAUGGUGAUUCACGCUAAGAAGAUAAAGUUAUGAACAUAAAAUUGAUGCAAUGAGAAAUAAUAUCCAAUGGCCACAUUUCUAUUAUGUCUAGUAAACAUCUUCACCCAAGUCACAUAUUCAUUGAUGUGUAUAAAAAUGUGUUUAAAAGAGGUUUGUAACGCUGAACAAGUUAUCUACCUGUUUUGAGUUCUUAGUUCUCAUUUUUUUUUUUGUAAGAAUUGUCUCAAAAGCAAAUAUGUGAGAAAGAAACUUUUGGCGUGGAAAUAUUUUCUUCCAACAAAUGAAUUCGAAAGAUCAAUUUACAAGUAAAA